AUGGUGGCGCGCGUCACGGAUAAUGGAGCCGUCUCAAAGGAAUUCGCAGUGACCAACGGAGUGAAGCAGGGCUGCGUCAUCGCGCCUACCCUCUUCACUCUCGUGUUCUCUAUCAUGCUGAUGGUCGCCUACCGUGACGUACGUUCCGGGAUCCACAUCGCCUACAGGACGGACGGCCACCUCCUCAAUCAGCGACAGAUGCACUUCCAGUCGCGUGUAUCCACAACCACCGCCGAUGACUGCGCCCUCGAUGAAACUACUGGAGGGGACAUGCAAAGGAGCAUGGACCCCCUCUACGCCGCCUCCGACAACUUCGGUCUGGUCAUCAACACGGAGAAUGCGGUGGUUAUGCACCAACCGCCAUGCAACUCUGCCUACAAAGCACCCAAAAUCAACGUGAACGGCGCUCAACUGCAAGUGGUGGACAACUUCACAUAUCUGGGCAGCAACCCCUCCCGCAGCACCGAGAUCGACGAUGAAGUGGCCCACAAAGUGGCCAGUCAAGACUUCAGUCGUCUUCAAAACACAGUUUGGAAUCGUCACGGUCUUCAAUUCAGUACGAAACUGAAGAUGUACGAGACCGUCAUCCUACCGACGUGGCUGUAG